AAACACACCAUGUUCUAUUCCGAGACCCUUUUGUCGAAAACCGGGCCGUUGGCUCGCGUUUGGUUGUCGGCUAAUAUCGAACGCAAACUUUCAAAGUCGCAUAUCCUGCAAUCGGAUAUUGAGAGCAGUGUCAAUGCUAUUGUUGAUCAGGGUCAAGCCCCUAUGGCUCUGCGAUUAAGUGGUCAAUUGCUGUUGGGUGUGGUUCGAAUUUAUAGCCGCAAGGCUCGCUACCUCCUCGACGAUUGCAAUGAAGCUCUGAUGAAAAUUAAAAUGGCUUUCCGUCUCACAAACAACAAUGAUUUGACUUCGACUGUCGUCGCUCCAGGUGGCAUUACUCUUCCCGACGUUCUCACUGAAUCUGAUCUUUUCACCAACCUUGAUACGUCUCUGCUCUUCCCUCAAACUCUAGAUCUGGAGCCUGCUGGCAAGCGCCCUGGUGGCAUGGAUUUUGGAAGCCAAUUCCUCCCAGACAGCAGCUUCCGCCGCUCUGUUUCUCAGGAACCCGCACGCCUUGAAGACCCUUCCCUUGUUGAUCUUAACUUCAGCGACGAUGAAUUGCCCCUUGGAAAUGACCCGACUAUGGAAAUUGGUCGAGAUGCUCCCGCGCCUCGUCCCGUAGGGGAUGAUCUGUUCAAUGACGCUGGAAAAUUCAACGACGACGACGAUCUCGGACUGGACCUUGGAGAUGAUGAGGCUCUCGACAAGAUGGACCUUGGCGAUGAUGUCCAUGACAACCUGAACGACCUACUGCCAGAUGGUCCCAUGGACUUCAACAACGAUAACGACUUUGGUGGUGGCGAGACGCCCCGUGCUGCUGAAAACCGAUUCGAACGUGACUCCGAAAGCCCCCUUUCCGAUGCUGGAUCCGAUCAGAUAAAUCAGCUGGAAGAGGAAAUUAACAGAGAUGUAUCUGCAACCCCUGAUGCCGUUAGCGCCCACCAGGGUCAACGCACCAAGCGCCAGAAGCUUAUGGGACUCGACAAACAAGUUGCGAUCUCCAGCUCCAAGAUCAAGGACCAGCAAAAUGACCGCUCUUCGAUUUUGAAGCCCGCAUCAUUCUUGCCACGCGACCCCGUCCUGCUCACUCUGAUGACCAGACAGCAGAAUGGCAACUUUGUGUCUAGUGUAUUUGGUGAGGACCGUGGACGCGGAUGGGCACCCGAGCUGCGCGGCAUGCUCUCUUUAGAUUCCGUCAAGAAAGCCGGUGAGCUGAAGCGCAAGCGCGAUAGUGGCAUUUCCGAUAUGGAUGUGGCUGCCGUCGACGUUCCUGCCCUGGAUCUUGGUGACGAGGAAGCCAUGGUCCCGAUUGACGAGGGUAUCGCUCUCGAUACCACUAUGAACCAGCGCUCUGAGAUUGAAUUCCCUGGAGAUGACGAAGAUGUAUUGCACUUGAAUGAGGACGACGGUAACAACCAGCCCAUGGAUGAGCUGGAUGAUACUAUUGCGCACCCCGUCGAUACCGAACCGGUCUCAAUGGGCACCAAGCACGCUGUGCACAUUCUCCGCGAGAAGCUUGGUAGCCCAGCCACCCAGCAGGAGAAGAGCGUUUUGUUCCAGGAGCUCCUUCCCGAGCAGCGGUCCAGCAAGGCCGAUGCUACCAAAAUGUUUUUCGAAAUCUUGGUGCUGGCCACGAAAGAUGCUGUCAAGGUUGACCAGGGCGCCAAGUCUAUUGGUGGUCCUCUCAAAGUCACUGGAAAGCAGGCACUCUGGGGUUCUUGGGCCGAGGAAAACGCUUCUGGUGCCAUGAGCCAGCUCAGCCAGGCUCUUUAG